AUGAUCGUCGAGGGGUUCCCCUCCUGGCGGGUCGUGCUCGUCGACCUCCGCUGCCAUGGCGAGAGCGCCGCCGCCGCCGGCGGCGCGCCGGCCCCCGGGCCGCACACCGUCGACUCGGCCGCGCGCGACGUGCUGCAGCUGCUGCGCGCGCGCCGCAUGUUCCCAAACAUGCUGAUCGGCCACUCGUUCGGCGGCAAGGUGGUCAUGUCGAUGGCGCGGCAGUUUGCGAGCGGCGCGGGGACGGCGCUGCCACGGCCCGUACAGGUCUGGGUGCUCGACGCGCCGCCGGGCGAGGCGCGCGCCGGCGGCGGAGCGGGCGGCGGCGACGACGUCGACCACCCGGCGCGCCUCAUUGAGGCGCUGGCGCGCGUGCCCAUGCCGGUGGCGGGGCGCGGGGAGCUGGUGGAGCACCUGACGCGCCAGGGGUUCAGCGCUGCCAUUGCCACGUGGAUGACCACCAACCUCCGCCCCUCCGAGUCCGGCGGCCUCAAGUGGGCGUUUGACCUCGAGGGCAUCGCCCAGAUGUACGCGUCCUAUGAGGCCACCGCGCUGUGGGACCUGCUGCGCGCGCCGCCGCAAGGUCUGCGCGUGGACUUUGUGAAGGCGGCGCGCAGCGCGUUUGGCUGGGACGGCGAGGGCGCGAUCGGCGCGCUGGGGCACGGCGUGCACCUGCUGGACGCCGGUCACUGGGUGCACACGGACAACCCGGGCGGCCUGUUCAACAUCCUGGCGCCCAGCCUUGGGGAGUUGGACCACGGCCGCCGGCAAGCACGCCAGCUCGCCCACUGA